AUGUCAACGCCAGUCGCCGAAACGAAAGAAAACGGCUCGAAAGAAAACGGCUCACUGGAAGAAGCGCAGCAAGAUGGCGCGACGCAGUGGAUGGGUGGCACGCAAGGACUCGAUGAGCCCGAAUUUGAUGUAAACGUGAAGCUUGCCGAUCUUCAAGAUGAUCCCAACAACCCUCUCUAUUCCGCCAAGAGCUUCGAUGACCUGAAUCUACGCGACGAGCUGAUACGCGGCCUCGCCACCAUGAACUUCCGCAAACCCAGCAAGAUCCAGGAGCGUGCAUUACCUCUUCUGCUCAAGAACCCGCCACAAAACCUGAUUGGCCAGUCACAGUCGGGCACGGGCAAAACCGCUGCCUUCGUGCUCAAUAUGCUCUCUCGCGUUGAUCUCAACAACAAAGCUCCGCAAUGUUUAGUCUUAGCACCGACCCGUGAGCUUGCCAAGCAGAUUGCUGGUGUGGCAACCAUCAUGGGCACCUUCCUUCUCGAGAAAGGCCUUCGAAUUGCGGAAGCCAUUCCGCAGUCAGUUCCGAGAGGCGCCCAACUGGAAGGUCAAGUUGUCGUGGGCACACCGGGCACCACGAUGGACAUGAUCAAGCGGAGACAGCUCGAUGUACGCGCCAUGAAGGUGCUUACCCUUGAUGAGGCCGACAACAUGCUUGAUAUGCAAGGCAUGGGCGAUCAGUGUAAGCGUGUGAAGAAUCUUCUUCCGAAGACCAUCCAGGUUGUUUUGUUCUCCGCUACUUUUCCACCAAAGGUCCUGGAGUUCGCCGACUUCUUCGCUCCGCACGCUAAUCAGAUCACCCUCGAGGUCGAGCAACUUACCGUCAAGGGCAUAAAGCAGAUGUACCUCGACUGUAGCACAGACGAGGAGAAGUACAAUGCGCUUGUCAAAUUCUACGGCCUGAUGACGAUCGCUUCUUCAAUCAUCUUCUGCCACCGCCGCGACACCGCUGCUGAGAUCGAGCGCCGCAUGACCGCCGAAGGACAUAAGGUCGCCAUGCUAAGCGGUGCGCUCGAGGGCCAGGAGCGUGACCGUGUCUUCAAUGAGUUCCGCACUGGCUUGAAGAAGGUCCUCAUCACGACCAAUGUUUUGUCUCGUGGCAUUGACAUUCAGACCGUCACCCUUGUGAUCAACUAUGACAUCCCGGAGACCUACGGCGGCAAGCCAGACUUUGAGACCUACCUCCACCGUAUCGGCCGUACAGGUCGCUUUGGCCGGACGGGCGCGGCGCUGAGCUUCGUGCAUGACAAGAAGUCAUGGGCCAACCUCAUGGCCAUCUGCGAGCACUUCAAGGUCGAGCCUACUAAGCUGGAGACGGACGAUUGGGACGAGGUGGAGCGGAAGCUCAAGGCCAUUAUGAAGAACAAGCGGAACGACGAGGCGCUCGGGUUGGCGAAGGAGGAGGCUAUGGCCGACUAG